AUGUCUCUCCAGAAUAAGAUCUUCCGCACGGCCAACGCGCCCCAGAGCCCGCCCGACGAGGUCGAGACCGCCGUCGCACAGGCUCUGCUCGAUCUCGAGGCCUCCGCGCCCGAGCUCAAGGCCGAGCUCCGCCCCCUCCAGAUCUCCGCCGCGCGCGAGGUCGAUGUCCGUGGUGGAAAGAAGGCGAUCGUCAUCUUUGUGCCCGUACCCCAGCUCAAGGCCUUCCACAAGGUCCAGCAGCGCUUGACGCGUGAGCUCGAGAAGAAGUUCUCCGACCGUCACGUCGUAUUUGUUGCCCAGCGCCGUGUGCUCCCCAAGCCCACGCGCAACUCGCGUGUGCAGCAGAAGCGCCCGCGUUCGCGCACCCUCACCUCUGUUCACGACCGCAUCCUCGAGGACCUCGUCUUCCCCUCCGAGAUCACUGGCAAGCGCACCCGCGUCUCGACCGACGGCUCAAAACUCCUCAAGGUCUUCCUCGACUCGAAGGACGCCACCUCGCUCGAGUACAAGCUCGACUCGUUUGCCUCGGUCUACAACCGUCUCACCGGCAAGCACGUCACCUUCGAGUUCCCCGUCCAGUCCGCCUCGGACUAG